AUGAUUUCCGAAGAGCUGCUCGCGAUGAUCACAUCGCUGUUCGGCGUGCUUUUCGCGAGAUCAUCCCCUACUCACAAGCCUGACAAAGACUACAUCGGCGAUGAGUUCGCAUUGGUUCUGCAUUUAAUGAAGUUUCAUACACAGGAUCGGCACAGGGUGCCCUUGUACGUUGAAAGUGUCGUGCCAACAUACAUGGAAUUUGACUUCAAGAAGUUGUUCCGGCUUUCAAGAAGCACGUGCGGAGCCCUGAUUAAGAAGUUCGAAGCGUCGAGCUACUACCCAGAAGAUAUGCUGUUCAUCGAUGUGUUCAUCGGAACUCCCGGGAGCGCCCACGAUGCUCGGGUUCUCCGGGACAGCUUCCUGUACGACGAAGCACCGACGAAUUGCGAAGGACGACCAGCUUAUGUGAUGGAUGAGGCAAACCCCGACUGGGCGCCGAGCCUCAAUCUCGGCUACAAGUCAACAACGCAUGCUGGAAGAAGCGCCAGCGACAGGUACACGCGACUCAAGCAACGGAAGCGCGCGAGUUCGGCAGCCAGUGCAUUUCCAUUAAAGCAACGACCGGGGAGCGCGAGCACAAACGCGGCGCCCAUUGCUACAGGAACGGCGGCAGAGGAGAGUUCUUUCGGUGACGAAGAAUGCCCCGCUUCAGAACAACCGACAGUGCAACACCUUGCAGGUCAUGCAACUCCCGAGGAGCCUUCAAGCUUGGAAUGUACAGCACUACAAGACAAUGCAGCCACAGUUCAGUGCCACCUGCAAGUGGAUCUGCAGAAUAACCAAGCUUCUGCAUGCAUGACAGACAAAGAGGUGACAGCUGAUCUGCUGUCAGCCCACAUCUCUUCACUGGAGGAAGAAAACCGCCGCCUUCAGCAUGACCUGGCUAGUGCACACAGCCGCCUGGCAAAGGCCGUCCCUGGAGACAGGAAUGUGUUCCGCAGCAACCCAGACAUGGUUCUGUUUUACACAGGGCUGCCAAAUUAUGCAGUUUUAGAGGCUGUUUGCAGUGUAGUUGAGCCUCAUGUAAGGCAUACAUUACGAAACCGCCUGAACAAAUUCCAGGAAAUGGUCGUUUUCCUAAUGAGGUUGCGGCUUAACCUCCCGUUGCAAGAUCUUGCACACAGGUUUGGCAUUCACCAGUCUACAGUAACGAGGACAGUAGAAAGGUGGCUUGAUGCUGCUUACAUUAGGCUCAACAGUCUCAUCAAAUGACCAGAACGUGAAGAUCUGCAAAGAACAAUGCCAAUGGUAUUUCAAGAAACAUUUGGCAAGAAAGUAGCAGUCAUUCUUGAUUGUUUUGAAAUAUUUGUGGACAGACCUUCAUCCAUGGAACCUAGAUCAUUAACAUGGUCCACGUACAAGCAUGGGAACACCAUGAAGUACUUAAUUGGCAUCG